ACAAUAACUUCCGGGUCAAAUGAAUUGCCCGGAGCCAUGACAUUGUACCAAACAUUAAAAAGUCAGCGGCUUUAAACGUGUUUAACUACAUGUUUUGGAGUAAAAAUUGAGCUCCAGGGUUGCCGUCAGCAUGUCGUCGACUUCUACAGGUUUCCCAGAGGAGCGGCGGCGCACAGCAGCUCAGGCACAACUUGGGGUGGACUACGUCCCCACAGAGGAGGAGAAGGGAGUACUGAGAGAAUGCAACCAGGAGAGCUUCUUUUAUAGAUCGGUGCCCUUCUCUGUGAUCAGCAUGGCUGUCACUCAAGCCUUAGUCAGCAGAGGGACUCUGUCUCCAUCGCCAAGGUUUGGAUCUCUGCCUAAAGUUGCCUUUGCCGGCUUCUGUGGCUACCUGGCUGGGAAACUGUCCUACAUGAAGACGUGUCAGGAGAAGUUCAAGCAGCUGGAGAACUCUCCUUUAGGGGAAAUCCUCAGACAGAAAUCGGGAAUGACUCCACGUGUUUCUGGUGCAGCUCAGUCAGAGAUGAGCAACCCAGACUCUCAGUCGUUUGGUACCAUGUUCCAGGCUGCCGAGGCCCCUCGCUUCCCGUCCCCUUCCUCCAAAGAUUACGAAUCUGGUCUUGAUCCUCCUGAGCAAGUGGGAAGGAUGGGCGACUUCAGUGCUCCAACUCAGUCGUACCUGGACGAGGAGGAGCCACGCAGGAAGCCUGUCCUCUAUGAGGACCUGAGGCUCAAGAACAGGGAGAACUACGAGGUCACGCUCAUUCAGAAGGCGGACACCAUGAUCAAAACGCCCCAGGAGAAGGAACCAGAGCGACCAAAGAAGCAAGGGAAAAAGAACAUCUAUGGAGACGCCUGGGACGAAUGAGAGCAGAUUGGAACGGAUGAGGCUUUUGUUCUGUCCUUGCAGCAGGAGGCGCCGCUUCUCUGUCUCCGCUUGUCAUGUAGUUAUUUCAGUCUGUGAUCCAAGUGUGAAUUAAAAAUUAACUGCUGGGUGGAAA